AUGACUCGGUGGUGCCGCGCGCACAUGGUAAGGCAGGAGGAGGAUGGAAAAGAGGAGGGCGAGGAGGGAUUGGGCGAGGAGGAGGGCGAGGAGGGCAAGGAGGAGGGCGAGGAGGGCAAGGAGGAGGGCGAGGAGGGAUUGGGCGAGCAGGAGGGCCAGGAGGAGGGCGAGGAGGAGGGAAAAGAGGAGGGCGAGGAGGAGAGUGAAGAAGAGUGCGAGGAGGAGGAGGGCUGCGAGGAGGGAGACGAGGAGGGCGACAAGGAGAGCGGCAACCAAGUGAAGAAGAUGUGGAGAGAGGGGAUGGUAGUGCAAGCAUCAUUUCGCACGUAUGGUAGAGGCAGGAAAAGGAGGGCGGUGGAGACUCGCAUGAGUGAGGCACAGAUCUUCCGCGAAAACCCCACCUUGACGCCUCUUCAGGCGUACAACGCCGCCCAACGGCUCUGGAAGAUACACCGGUUGAACAGUGUUGUACAGGUAAGGCAGGAGGAGGAUGGAAAAGAGGAGGGCGAGGAGGGAUUGGGCGAGGAGGAGGGCGAGGAGGGCAAAGAGGAGGGCGAGGAGGGCAAGGAGGAGGGCGAGGAGGGAUUGGGCGAGCAGGAGGGCCAGGAGGAGGGCGAGAAGGAGGGAAAAGAGGAGGGCGAGGAGGAGAGUGAGGAAGAGUGCGAGGAGGAGGAGGGCAGCGAGGAGGGAGACGAGGAGGGCGACAAGGAGAGCGGCAACCAAGUGAAGAAGAUGUGGAGAGAGGGGAUGGUAGUGCAAGCAGCAUUUCGCACGUAUGGUAGAGGCAGGAAAAGGAGGGCGGUGGAGACUCGCAUGAGUGAGGCACAGGUGGAUGAGUGA